AGGUUCUUUGACAGGAUAGCAGCAAAAAAGUGAGCUGUCCUGUCAGCGUCCCGAGUCACACUUGCAUCUUUAAACCUGUAAUCGUGCAAGUUGUUGUAUGUCUCAGCUCAAAGACAAGGAUGACCGAAAGUUCAGCUAACAAGCCGGCGAAUGGAGAAGUGUGUCACCGGACAACAAAUGGUGUAAAACCAUGCAGAAACGGCUUCGCGAAGAAUCACUACCAUUAUCAACAGCAGCAGCAUCAAAAGUCCUGCUAUCUCGAGGAGAAGGUGUACCACAUAGCCUCCAAUGGCGGCCUGUACAGUAGGCCGUUUCUGGAGUCGUUUGAGCAGACUCCCAUGCUGGUGGCGGUGCUGACGUACAUGGGCUACGGCAUCCUCACCAUCUUCGGCUACCUCCGCGACUUCCUCCGGGACUGGAAGAUAGAGAAGUGCCACAUCGCCCGGGAGCGGGAGCAACAGAAGGAUUUUGUGCCCCUUUAUCAAGACUUUGAGAACUUCUACACGAGGAACUUAUACAUGAGGAUCCGGGACAGCUGGAACCGGCCCAUUUGCAGUGUUCCGGGAGCCAAGUUUGACCUGGUGGAACGGGUCUCCCCCGACUACAACUGGACAUUCGAGUACCCGGGUCGGGUGGUGAGGGACGUGGUCAACAUGGGCUCCUAUAACUACUUGGGCUUCGCCGAGAACAUCGGCAUGUGCGCCGAGGCCGCCGCCGCCGUCACACAGAGAUACGGGGUCGGCGUGGCUAGCACGAGGCAGGAGAUGGGUAACCUGGACAGGCACCGUGACCUGGAGGAGUUGGCUGCUCGCUUCCUGGGUGUGGAGUCGGCCAUGGCGUUCGGGAUGGGCUUCGCUACCAACUCUAUGAACAUCCCUGCUCUCAUCAGCAAGGGCAGUCUGAUUCUGAGUGACGAGUUAAACCACGCCUCGUUGGUGCUGGGAGCCCGGCUAUCAGGGGCCACCAUCAGAGUCUUCAAGCACAACAACAUGCAGAGUCUGGAGAAGCUCCUGAGAGAUGCCAUCAUCCACGGGCAGCCCCGCACACAUCGGCCCUGGAAGAAGAUCCUCAUAGUAGUGGAAGGCAUCUACAGUAUGGAGGGCUCCAUCGUGCGGUUACCCGAGGUCAUCGCCCUGAAGAAGAAGUACAAGGCCUACCUGUACCUGGACGAGGCGCACAGCAUUGGGGCACUAGGACCGCACGGACGAGGGGUGGUCGACUACUUCGGCCUGGACCCCCGAGACGUGGACAUCAUGAUGGGCACCUUCACCAAGAGCUUCGGGGCCGCGGGGGGCUACAUUGGUGGACGCAAGGACUUGAUGGACUACCUGCGUACACACUCCCACAGCGCGGUGUAUGCCACCUCCAUGUCUCCUCCCGUUGUGGAGCAAAUCAUCACUUCUAUGAAGUGCAUUAUGGGUGAAGAUGGAACCACGAUAGGUCGUGAGCGUGUCCGGGCGCUGGCGGAGAACACGGCGUACUUCCGGCGGCGUCUGCAGGAGCUGGGCUUCAUCACCUAUGGCAACAGCGACUCGCCCGUCGUACCCAUGAUGCUCUACAUGCCCGCCAAGAUCGGGGCGUUCAGUCGUGAGAUGUUGAAGAGGAACAUUGGCGUGGUGGUGGUGGGCUUCCCUGCUACUCCCAUCAUCGAGUCCAGAGCUCGCUUCUGCAUAUCAGCCGCCCACACCAAAGACAUGCUCGACAAGGCUCUAGAGAAGAUCAGCGAGGUGGGGGACCUUCUCCAGCUGAAGUACUCCAGGCAAAGGACCCGGCCACCGCCCCUGUACCGCCCCUUCGACGAGACCACUUACGAGGAUAGCGAGGACUGAUGAUCAUCCCUUCACUAAUCAAUCAAUAGACAGAUUGAUUGAUUGAUCGAUCGAUCGGCUCAGCGGUCGAAUGGUUGAUUGAUUGAUUGGUAGAUCGCCCAAUCAGUUUUCUGACCUCAGACCCAAAAAAAAAACAAAAAACAAAAGUGCACUGCGGUCUCUUAAGCUCUUAAGCUCCCACCUCGGAAGGAGGGAUUUCACUCAACCACUCAAAAUAAAUGUCAUUCCUUGUC